AUGAGUAGCAUAACAGCGUUCGAUACGGCACAUGAAGAUCUUGUUCAUGACAUUGCCUAUGAUUUCUAUGGCAAGCGACUUGUGACCUGUUCAUCCGAUCAACGCCUCAAGGUUUGGGAUUUCGUUGAGCAUGAAGAUUCGGCUGCCUGGGAAAUCAAUGAUACCUGGAAGGCCCACGAUUCGUCUAUCCUCAAAGCUAUCUGGGCUAAUCCCGAAUACGGACAAGUGAUUGCCAGCUGUUCAUUCGAUCGACAAGUCAAGAUCUGGGAAGAACUUUCUGUUGAACCCAAGAAUAGCCAAAAACGUUGGGCUGAAAGAUUCCGCCUUGUUGAAUCCCGCGGUGCUGUAUUGGAUAUUGCAUUUUCACCAAUCCCAGGUGCAUUGAGACUAGCUACAUGUUCAGUUGAUGGAAUUGUGAGAGUUUAUGAGGCUUUGGAACCUACCAACCUUGCACAAUGGUCACAGAUGGAGGAGUUUGAGAUCGCAUCCCAUCAUCGACCGAUUGAUGCCGACAGUGGAUAUUGCAUUGACUGGUGUCCCAAUCGCACUGCUACUGCCCUGAUGGUAGUCGGUCUUGGAAAAGAGAUUGGAGCACGGGCAAGUUUGAGUAGAAUAUUCAAGCACGAUGGACAUAAUCGUUGGUACCCAGCAGAAUGUUUGCCUGAACAUACACAAGAGGUGCAUGAUGUGAGUUGGGCUCCUAGUAUGGCCCGUUCAUACCAGUUGAUCGCUACGGCGUGCAAGGAUCAUCAUGUCCGGAUCUUCAAGAUUACCGAGAUGCCCUUGACUGGACUGGCUCCGUCUCAGCGCGCACAGUCAAUGUCGAAUAAUGGAAGACAAGGAGGACGUAUUGGACACCGGCCACUUCAGGUUGAAAUGAUAGGUGACUUUGAUGAUCAUCAUGCAGAGGUCUGGCGUGUUGAAUGGAAUGUGACUGGAACUAUUCUGUCAUCCUCUGGUGAUGACGGUAAGCUGAGGCUGUGGAAGGCUGGUUACGAUGGACAGUGGCGUCAAAUGGCAGUGCUUGCAAGUACACAUGUAUCUUCAUAAUCACAAUUAAAUAAAAUAAAUAUUUGUACACAC